AUGGAUAACGAUAAUUUUGUACUUGAAAAAAUACCGGAAAAAAGUAGUAAUACUUAUGUAUUAACACCAAAAAUUCGUCCAAGAAUUAAAAUUCAACCACAUGAUACCGAUGGUGUAGUAUUAACAGCAAAUGGUUUGUUAACAAAUGGAAAUAAAUCUCAAUCAGAUAAUGAUACUGAUCCUGAUGGAAAAACCGAAAGAGAUUCAACUAAAAAAAGUGUUCCCGAACGUCCAUCAACGAUAAGUAAUAAUAGUAAUCCCGAACGUCCAUCAACGAUGAGUAAUAAUAGUAAUAAACAAAUACUAAGUAACAAAAACAGUGUUGCUUCGACAAGUGUCACUCAACCACCACCAACAACAUCGUUGAGAACGAUAACUACACCAAAUUUUACUAACGUUGAAAUGACAGACGUACAUGAUACAGACGAAGAGUACGACGAAGAUAGAGACCAUAUGGAUCCUACAAUGGGAGAUGAUCAUUAUCAUGAUGGUGAUGAACUUGAAGUACACCAGUUAAGUGUAGGAGAUAUUGAUGCAUAUUUAGAUAUUUAUUUUGAAACAUUAGAUAAUCGUUUAAAACAUUUAAUUGGUGACGAACAACAAUUAACUGAAUUUCGAACUGCCACUAAAGAACGGAUAAAGUCAGAUCCGAAUUCAAGAGAAUAUCAGACUGUUUUAUUGGGCAAAAUUGGUGGUGAAGUGUUGGCCGCCGUUACAAUGCUAUUCAAUGGUGAUCAAACAACCAUAGCUCGAACACAGUUGAAGAAUCAACAGCAAAGAGGUUGUUUCUCGUCUAUACGUAAUUGGAUGGUAAAUAAAGCAAAUUAUACUCCAAUUUAUACAGAAGAAUGUUAUAUUGAAAUGAUCGGUGUUAAAGCAAAUUAUCGUCGCCAAGGUAUUGGUGCGGCUAUGUUAGAAUGUGUUGAGCAUUUCGCGAGAAAGGCUGGUGCUCGAUGGUUAACAAUUCAUAUUCAGGGACGUCUACGAGACUAUUUUGAGCGUUACGGUUUUCAAGUUGCUCAUACAGAUUAUUCACCAUUAUGGAAAUGGUUUGUGGAACGUGAAUCAUCAGAAAAACUGACUAAACAAAUAGCAGUUGAAGAAGAAGACGAAGGAGGAACUGCAGGACAAGACUCAUUGUAUAUCAAUGAAUCUAUGGAAUAA